GCCGGAUAGCAAAGACACCGUCAAGCUUCCGCCUCCGUAAUUAUGUCAAUUACAGCAAACAGCUCGGCGUCUCAGUGACAAUGUCUAAUGUUUGUUGAUAAAGUUGGUUAAAAAAAAAAAACACAAAACUGGUCAGAAGAAACGGAUUGGCUACCGAGAAUGUCACGUGCAACAACAGGGCGGACCCAAGGCAACUUUACAGGGGGGCGGGGUCUCGUUACCGUCACGUGAUCCCCCUUCUCACGGCGCGGCCGCCAUCUUGUUUUGGGAUACUCCGCACACGGAGGAGGGUGCGUGACGUGUCGUGACGUAACGAAGACUAUCGCGACCGAGGCGACAGGAAUUAACCGCCAGAGAGGGAGUGUGAGAGAGCGCGGGCCCCUCCGGGAGACACCGACCGCCCGGCAGAGUACACGGCCCGGGGCCUAGCUGUCCGCUCCUCCCCGUGUACUGGAGCGGGCCCGACGGACGGAGAGUGGGGUCCACGGGCUGAGGGCCGAGCCCGGACCGCGGAGGGAGACGACACCGCACCGUGUGAACGGCGGAGAAGGCCGGGGCCUAGCGCGGAACCGCAUACAGGGCCCUGUGUACACACAGACCUGCGGGGGCGCUGUAUACACCGACAGAGGGGCCCUAAAGAUAAACAGGGGCCCAACAGAGACCGACAGGGGCCAGUACAAACCAAUAGAGGGGCCCUAAAGAUAUUCAGGGGCCCAGUACACACCAAUAGAGGGGCCCUACAGUUAUAGAGGGGCCCAGUACACACCAAUAGAGGGGCCCAACAGAUAUACAGGGGCCCAGUACAAACCAAUAGAGGGGCCCUACAGAUAUACAGGGGCCCAGUACAAACCAAUAGAGGGGCCCUACAGUUAUAGAGGGGCCCAGUACACACCAAUAGAGGGGCCCUACAGAUAUACAGGGGCCAGUACAAACCAAUAGAGGGGCCCAACAGAUAAGCAGGGGCCCAGUACAAACCAAUAGAGGGGCCCUACAGAUAUACAGGGGCCAGUACAAACCAAUAGAGGGGCCCAACAGAUAAGCAGGGGCCCAGUACAAACCAAUAGAGGGGCCCUACAGAUAUACAGGGGCCAGUACAAACCAAUAGAGGGGCCCAACAGAUAAGCAGGGGCCCAGUACAAACAAAUACAGGGGCCCAGUACAAACCAAUAGAGGGGCCCUACAGAGACAGACAGGGGCCCAGUACAAACCAAUAGAGGGGCCCAAUAGAUAUACAGGGGCCCAGUACACACCAAUAGAGGGGCCCACUGUACACUCCGAUAGAGGCGCCCUACAGAUAAACAGGGGGCCAGUACACACCAAUUGAGGGGCCCAACAGAGACAGGGGCCCAGUACACAAACAGACCUGCAGGGGGCGCUGUACACACUGAUAGAGGGGCCCUAGAGAGACAUAAAGCCAUACACAGGGCCCCAGUACACCCAGACCUGCAGGGGGCACAGUAUACACCGAUAGAAGGGCCCUCAGAGAGACAUAGCACCAUAUACAGGGGCCCAGUACACUCAAGCCUGCAGGGGGCGCUACAGACCAGUGAGCACUGUAGACACACAGCCUGUAUACACACACUGGAUUAUAUAGAGCUGUCACCUGUCUGACGUGUUAUGUGCCUCUGUACCUGCAGGGGGCGCUGAUCACAAUAUAUAUUACACAUAUAUAUAGAGGGGGGAGCUGUAUCUGAUGCCCACCAGUGGGGUUCAUGUUUACAUUGAGCAGGGGACUCAGCCAUAGUGCCCGGGGGGCUGGACACCUAUACACUCAGCGCUGUAUACAGUAUAUACUAUAGGCUUAUAUACACGUCUGCACACCCCGGGGCCCCACAGUCAUCCUCAAAGUUCAUACUGCAGAAGAACGACUGAGGAGACAGCAGAGCUGACGGGGCGAUCACCAAGGGCCACACACCGAGGGCCGGACGCUGCCCACAACACUGCGUCCUCGGGAAAGGUCCGGUCUGCAGUUUCAUCCCAUGAACAGAGAUCGCUGACGGAGCAUUCCAGACACAGGUACCUUUACUUCACAUCAUGGCUGCUGAAACACUAAACUUUGGGCCUGAAUGGCUUCGCGCACUAUCCAGUGGGGGUUCCGUUGCUUCCCCUCCUCCCUCCCCCGCUAUGCCAAAGUAUAAACUGGCGGAGUAUCGCUAUGGACGAGAGGAGAUGUUGGCACUUUAUAUAAAAGAGAAUAAGUGCGUGUGGGCUUUGAGGAGGCCGCAGGUCCAUCUAGAAAAGAGUUUGCCCGUUCAGACAGUGACAAUUGGCGCACCCUGCGUGACGGACAAGAGGAGGAUGAGGACGGUAACUGGAGGCUCUCUGUAUCCAGGAGAGAUGACCGCUGGCGAUCUACAAGCCCUGGAGGAACUUCAGAGGGGCCGCGGUCUGCAGGGUGGAGGGAGCACGGCGACCGCCGACGCAAGUUUGACUUUGAAAUGCGAGAAGAUGGAGGAACGGCUCAGCGAGGAAGCGGGCGUGGUGGAGAUAAUGCACACGAAGAAGACAGGGACGGGCUCCCUGAGUGGUGCAUGGAGGACGAGGAUGAUGAGAUGGGGACCUUUGAUUCUUCCGGGGCUUUCUUAUCCUUUAAGAAGAGCCCCAAAGAGACCAUUCUGGAAGAGCAGGAGUUGGACUUCCAAGGUGUUGAGGAAGAGGACGGAGAGGAGAGGACGGAAGACGGUGCAGACAGACCGCUACUUAAUAGUGAUGAACAUUCGGUUCCCCCCGAAGACUCUCAGCAGGAACCCCCGUCAAAGUCCCCAGAGCAGAGCGGUGCUAUGUGGGCUGCGGGGGUGUACACGGAGGGGGAGGACGAGCGAGCCCCUGACAUCUCCCCUACGGAUGGAGAAGAUGGCGCUUUGGUUGAACCUCCGCCAUGUCCAAUAGAAGAAGGUAACCCGCCACCCUUUGCCCCUUCCUCAAUCUCCCCGCUUUCUACCCUGCCGACCCCUCCAUCACCCCCCACGGUUGCUGCUAUUGAUUUUACUGUGGGGGACCCUGAGGAGGAUGAAGGCAUGAAGCAUCUCCAGCAGGAAGCUGAGAAGUUGGUGGCUUCCCUGCAAGAUUCCUCCCUAGAAGAAGAUGGCUUCUCCUCUAGUCGCUCUCACAGUGCUGCUGCUCUUCCCCUGUCCCACGAGGCUGCCAUGAAGUGGUUCUACAAGGACCCUCAGGGGGAGAUCCAAGGUCCGUUCAGUACGCAAGAGAUGGCAGAGUGGUGCCAGGCGGGAUAUUUCACUAUGUCUCUUUUGGUGAAGAGAGGAUGUGACGAGGGCUUUCAGCCCCUGGGCGAAGUCAUCAAGAUGUGGGGUCGGGUACCGUUUGCCCCUGGGCCAUCCCCGCCGCCCCUGCUGGGUAACAUUGAUCAGCAGUGCCUGAAAAAACAGCAGGAAUUAGCUUUGUAUCAGCAGAUGCAACACCAGUACUUGCUGCAGUUUAUAAGCAGGCCGCAGUACUCGCAGAAAUCCAGUGAUCUGACCGCUCAGCAACAGCAGUUGUCACUUUUCCUCCAGCAACUGAACCCCUCAAAAUCCAGGGGGUCCGAUGCUGCCCUCCUCCCCUCUGUGAGCCGAUCUCUCUCUGUGCCAGACAAUGGAUCCUUAUGGGAUCUUAAUACCUCAAAUACACCGACAUCAGGUGGGGACUCCGCGCUGUGGGACCUGCCUGUCAGUUCGGUAUCUCAGGGGCCAAUAUUGGAGCAGCUGCAACUGCAACAAAAGUUGCAGGAGCGCAGAGAAGCAGAACUCAGGGCCAAGAGAGAAGAGGAGGAUAGGAAGAGGAGGGAGGAGAAGAGGCGCCAGGAGGAGCAGAAACGCCGGGACGAGGAGGAAAUGUACAGAAGGAAGCAGUGUCGUCAACAGCAGGAACUGCUCCUGAAACUGAUCCAGCAGAGCGGUCAGUCCUCGCCCUCUGCGGCCAUCUGGGCGUCUCACGGCAAAGGAGUCUCCCUAAAAGCGAUGCUCGAAAUGCAGGAGCGAGAGGGGCAGAUGCUGAAGCAAAGAGCGCAGUCGACAAGGACGCAUGGAGGUCUUGGUAUGUCUGGUGCCCCCAUCAUUCCUUCCCAGUGGGGGUCCGACUCAGGCUCUCUAUGGGGCGGACUGGAGAAGAGUCCCUGGGAGGAAAGUGUCAAAUCUGGGGCGAGCAGCAGGGGCCUGAGGAACAGCAGGAGUAGCCCAUCCCUGACUGAUGCUUACGCCGCCUCCGCCAGGCGCAAAAAGACGGACGACGAGGAGAAGCUUCUGAAACUACUGCAGGGAAUCAAACCAUCAGACGGGUUCACUCAGUGGUGCGAGCAGAUGUUACACAUCCUGAACACAUCCAAUAACCUGGACGUCCCCACAUUAGUGGCCUUCCUGAAGGAACUCGAGUCUCCGUACGAUGUCCACGAUUAUAUCCGCUCCUGUCUUGGGGAAACACUUGAAGCCAAAGAAUUUGCUAAACAGUUCUUGGAACGACGAGCAAAGUACAAAGCCAGCCAACGUCAGCAGGAAGCCGCCUGGUUGGCGCCCUCUAUGUUUCCACAAUCCCAGAAUUCCAAGCAAAGUAGCGGAUACGAUGUACAGAGCAGUAAGAUGAAGAGGCGGAUUCACAUGUUACACUCAGAUCCCAGCAUACUAGGUUACUCCCUUCAUGGCUCCCCGAACGAGAUGGAAGCUAUCGACGACUACUGAGGCGUACAUCUUCCUUCUAACGCCAUCUUUACUUAAAAAAAAAAAAAAAACCCUGCCGACUUUUUUUCGGCAGUAGUUACUGCACUGCAAACUUUACCCCUUCCCUCUGCACGAGGUGGGGGCAGAGACUUGGAAAAAGGAGGGGGUGGGUGUCUUAUCCCACCCAGAGCCAGGGAGGAGGGGGGAGCUACACCCUGUCUGUUCCCUCCCCCCCCUCCCCUAAACAUAAUGCACUCAUUUUAAAGCACCUUACGAAAAAAAUGCACUUUACAGAAACUGAUCAAAAAUCUAAUUUUCAUCGUUUUUUUUUUUUCGUUAUAUAUUUUUUUUUAAAGCUUAAAAAAUAAAAAAAAACACCCGAAAGGAGGGAAAACUGGAUUUAUUGACUUUCGACUGUUUAUUAGAAAUGUAUUUUUUUUUCUUCAACAUUUUAGUUUUAUUUUAUUUUUUAACUUGACAGUUUCUGACUUUUAUUUUUUGUUUUUUGGGGGGUUUAAUUUUUUUUUGUAUAAAAAAAAAAAAAAGUGAAGUAUUCCGGCAACGGAUCUGUUUAAAAUAGAAAAAAAAAUUAUAUAUAUAAUAUUAUAAUAAUAAUUAUUAUUUUGGGAAAAAGAAAAUUACAGCCAAAAAAAAACACUUUCCUCAACUUUUUUUUUUUGCUAAAUAUAUUUUGUUUAAAAAAAAGUAGAAAAAAACGAAAAAAAAAAAUGAUAAAAAAGACGAAAAAGGAAAAAAAAAAUUUUUUUCAGCGCUUGUUGCUAAAUUUACAAUUGCUCUGCUUUGAGUUCCCUGUUGCGUUGGGGAGGGUCGAAGGGGAGUCAAUCCAUCAAAACUUGAAGAAUGCACUUAGCAAUUUUGAAGGGGGGGGGGGAGGGGGGUUUCUGCAUUUUUAAUGGUUAUUUUUUUGCACAGAUAUGAAAAAUAUUGUGAUUUUUUUUCUUUUUGUUACAAAAAUAUCUGAAAAAAAAUAUUAUUUUUGAACUGUUAAAAAAAAAAAUCUUUUUUUUUUUUUCUCAAAAAAAAAAAGGAUGCACUUACUUUUGGAUACGUAAGAUGCCCGUGAAGGAUGGCAUACCGCUGUUAGCAUUACUGAGUGCCAGGACUUCUCAGGGGGUGCGACCCCUGACCCCACAUCUGGCGUUUCUAUGUAGUGGCCCCGUAUCAGGCGGGUCACCAGUUUUUGGGCCUUUCAGUGUUUAUUUUGGAGGAUUUUGCACCCUGCCUUCUAUGUGUGAUGAUUAUUUUUUUGUUUUUUGUUUUUUUUGGGGGGGACACACAUGGUACCUGUUCUUGUCUCCCCCCCUUUUUUUUUGGUCUUUCCUGAAAUGUGGGGGAAAAAGAAAAGUUUGUGUUCUCCCAUUUUUUUUUUUCCUCUCAGUUAAUUGUUUUUAUUCUGCUUUUGUUUACAAACGUCCUGACGUGGACAACUCCGAUGGCGGAGGAGAGACGGUGAUGCGGGACCCCUCCCUCGGACAUGUCAAAGAAAAAAAAAGAAAAAUAAUCACCCAGAGGGUCUCGGAGAUAAUAAAGAAGGAAAACAAAAGACGUCUACGUAGAGAUUUUUUUAUUUUUUUUUUGAGUGUGAAUGGUGCCGUUGCCUUAAUAUUGACACCGCAGCUCUCCCCGCCGGCCGGCCGCACCGUUUGCCACCCUUUUCUAUGGACAAUACGGGACCAGCUCUUAUGAGCUUCUCCAGCAGAUUCGGGAAACGGCUGCGGGAAGUGAAAAAAAAAUAAAAACUUUUUUUUUUUUUUUUUUUUUUUGGGGAGCGCGACCCUCCUAACCUAAGCUAUAAAAGGGUUUAUCUGUGGACUUGGAUCUCGAAGAGAUUUCUACCGGAAUACGAAACAAUAUAAACCCUUCCAGGAGGCCGUUCUCCGCCACAAAGCAGUGUUUAAAGGCUGGACAUGGUCGCUGGACAUUGUCGGGACGAUGGUUGGGGUGGGGGAGGGGUGAUGGAUACCUCCGCGUCUCCACCGCGUCACCUCCGUGUCUCCUCCCUACACCCCCGCCCCAGUCCCCGUUGCAAACUUUUAUGUACAUAGAACUUCGGAAUGGAAGAAAAAAAAAAAAAAACUUAAAAAAAAAAAAAAAUAACAACAAACGCUAAUUUGCCUAAAGGAUAAAAAAAAAAAAAAAAGACGCUCAUGUUUGCCGUGGGUUUCGCGUUUAUCUUCACCACGAGAAUGUAUUAGGGCAGGAGCUGGUAUCCAGCAAAAAUCUGCUGCUCCUGGUCUCCCCCCCCCCCGAUCCUCCCGCCCCUGAACGUCUGCUAUCAUGGGAGGGGGUGGGACGCAGGGGGACGUGUACAUAUAUAUAUAUAUGAUGGUUGGUGCCCUUGUUUUCUGGGGGUGUGUUGUACAGUGGCGCCCCCUUGCGCUCACUGGCUUGUAUAUAGUUGGGUAUAAUUCUCUCGUACAGCUUACAAGGAUAUUGUGCUGAAUGUAUAACGUGUAUAUAUGACCUUUCUAUGUCUGUCUAUAUAUAUAUAUAUAUAUAUAUAGGGGGGCACCCUGAAUACCGUAUUGGUG